UAUGUCGUCAAAUAUAACUACAAGAUAUAUAUUUUUAAGUCGGUAACAAACCUAUUGCAAAACAAAAAUGUUUAAAAGCAAGCAAGAAGGAAGUCUGGUGUACAAAUGUACAGUUCGUCUACUCGAUGAUUCUGAUGUGGUAGAAUGUGAAUUUCAGGCGUUUCACAAAGGAAUAUAUUUGCUGGACUACUUAUGUGGAGAAUUGAAUAUAAAAGAGAAAGACUACUUCGGCUUGCGAUACGUUGAUGGGUCAAAACAAAGACACUGGUUAGACUUGGCCAAAUCCUUAAUAAAACAAAGUAAAGACCUGGAUCCUAUUUUAUUCUCACUAAGAGUAAAAUUUUACCCCGCUGAUCCAUUUCGUCUAACUGGGAUCUCUCGAAUUAUGUUGUAUAAGCAAUUAAAAAGAGAUUUAAGACACGGACGUUUGUACUGCUCCUUUGGUGAGGCAGCCGCUUUGGGGGCUUUAAUUGUGCAAGAGGAACUUGGAGACUAUAAUGAGAAAUUUCAUAUAGGCGAUUAUGUGUCUUCACUUGAAUUGGCCUUGCGCCAAACGGAAAAUCUCGAAAAGAAAAUUAUGGAACUCCACAAAAAGCGAGAGGCUGGACAGGAUUCCUUCCUAGCUAUUCACGACUUUCUGGGUAUAGCUCGCACACUGGAAACCUAUGGAAUUGAACCGCAUCCUGUUAAAGAUCACCGUGGAUCUCAACUGUAUGUUGGCAUUAAUAAUUCGGGUAUAAGCACGUUCAUUGCAGGCAAACGCUCACAACACUUCCGUUGGAAUGAAGUGCAUAAGAUUAACUUUGAAGGGAAAAUGUUUAUUGCACAUUUAAGUUAUACUGAUGCCAGCCGUGAACCUAAAAAGCACACUAUUGGAUUUAAAUGCCCAUCGGGAGCUGCUUGUCGAUAUCUGUGGAGGUGUGCAAUCGAACAAAUGCUGUUUUUUACACUGCCCAAUAGUGAAAAUGCAGCCGUUGUUUCUGGUGGAGGUUUUUUCUCCUGGGGUACAAAAUUCCGAUACACUGGCCGAACUGAGCGAGAAAUAUUAACUGAAAAUAUAAAUGCUUUACGCGAACAAAAAAUAAAUGGUUCCAGUUCGAGUAAGCGAAAGGCAAGCAGUGUUCCAGCCACUCCUUCCAGUCCCCAGGGAGAAUUAUCACAAAUACGUUACAGUAGCUUACCUCGUUCAACAAUGUCUGAACCGUUGGGCUCCUGCAAUGUACAAAUGAAUCGCAAUCAUAUUUAUGGCGCUCAUCCGCAGGAUCAGAGCACUUGCAUAAUCGAUAGCAACGGAUGUAUUCAAAUGCCUAUUUUAGAGCCCGUUUGCGAGGAGUCUCGUUUACGUUCUUCAAACCAUGAUAGUGCCAAUUAUUUUUCAAAACCGUUGACUGGAUUUCCAUACCGAGAGUUGACCGAACAUUCCUCCGCUGAAAGCGGUAGUGGCUAUGAUCAGUCCAGAAAACAUAAAGAAAAUAUGAAACAAUACACGGGCUACGCGUCUAGACUGUGCUAUCCACAAGCUAACUCGAAUUCAUCAGCCGGUAUGACAGUCCCUAAGAAUGUUGAUCAUUCUUCGAACAUGCAUACAAAUUCAAUUAAUGGUGUGAAAACUUUUCGCAAAUUUCAUUUAUUGCAUGCCUUUAUUCCAUCGGUUAUUUUCGUUGCUUUCGCGAUGGCUGGAACAGCUGUAUUUAUUAUGGAGUCAGAGUCAGAUUUGUUUGAUCAAAUACGCAAUUCUCCUGAAAUGAUUUGCCUACGCUUCCAAUAUUAUCAGCCUUUAAAAGAUUUUGUUUUGCAAAAGUUUGGUAGAAAAGAUUAAUUUGAUUGCUAAUAUGGUUUUUAGUUCGAUUAAAUCUUUAGAAAAUAUUAAGCAAAGGUAUAAAACUAAGCUGUUCUCAUAAUUCUCAUAGUGAAUAUUUAAUUGAAGUCCUCAGAUUUAUUUUUGUAAACCUUACGACUUACUUUUCCAAUGAGAAGAAUGAUCUGUGAUCCUUUAAAGCUAGUAAGGAAGAUUGUAAAAUGUGAAAUGUAAUUUAUUGACACACAUCUUCCAUUAAAAAAACCUUGGCAUAUUCUUAUAUUAAAAAUGUGUGUAAUAGAUUUAUUUUAGAUG